CAGGCGCCUAGGCGGAGGCACCAAGGAACACCACCGGAGCAAGGAGUUGGGAUGAUCUGCGAUUGGAGCAAGUAUGAGUGUAAGAUCUGUCACCGAAGAGAGUAGGAGGCCGAGGCCACGGCGGGCUCUUCCAUGGCAAAGCUGCUAUCGGGCAGCCACCGGAUUUGGGAACCGGGAGGAGCUAGCGGCAUCGGCUGGUCGGGAGCAAGUGGAUAAUAGUUUUACUGAGGAGGUAUCUGCUACACCAUGGGCUCUGCCAAUGAGGUCAUGUGUGCACUCUUUAUGCAAGACAUUGACAGCCUCGGACACAAGCACACAUGGUGGUUUUUCAGUGCGGCGCCGCCACUCAGAUGAAUGCUUUUCCACCACAGGAUAUGAGCCGUCAGCCUUCGACACAAUAGCUCACAUCUUUAGAGAUCAAGACAAAUGGGAGAGGUACAUGAUUGAUCAAGAAAGAGAGAGGUAGUGGAAAGGAGAAGGAGAAGGGGUAACAUGCCUGUGCAAGAGUGUAUGAGGUCCAAAGGUUUGCCCAUCUGGUACUUCUUCAUUUUGUUUUGUCGCUUGUUCCAGGCGUCUUUGCGUGAGGAGAAAAAGAGAUACUGACGUGGAAUUGAUAGAACAUGCCAAGAAAUAGAAGAAGCACUUUCCCUGUUUAUGUGUAUAAGGCUCAAACAAGGUUGACAGUAACGGCUACUUUCAGUCCAUGUGCGCAAAA